AUGCGCUUGACUAUACAUGUUGAUUGUUUGCGAUUUCUUUUGAGGCAAGGGUUAACUUUUCGUGGUCAUGAUGAAUCAGAAUGCUCGAGUAAUAAAGAUAACUUUCUAGAACUUCUUCAAUUUCUUACCGAUCAUAAUGAAGCUAUUGUCUAUUUGCUUAUCAAAUUAGUAUUGACUUUGCUAAUUGCAAUUGCAAGUGUGGAAAGAGCAUUUUCCUCAAUAAAGAUUGUGAAGAAUUGA